CCUGGAAGACAUGAAACUGUUAGACGCGAACUUGUGCCGCGUGUGGACCCAGAAGUUCGAAGUACAAUUGUGAAACUAGGGAAAAGUGUUGCUGCUAUGGAAGAGUAUUAUGCAACGGAACGUGAGAAGAGAGAGUCGAAGUUGAAACGGAAGAUGGAAAAGGAGGAGGCACAACGGCGUGCAAAGGAGGAAGCGGCGCGCACGGAAGAGGAGCGAAUUAAGGCUGAGAAGAAGGCAUGGAAGCGUAAGCAGAAGUUGGUGGCCGAGGAACAGAAGCGAGCGGAGAUGCAAAAAGACUUGCAGGUCCAGUUAGCCAUACACGUGGGAGACAUGGAGGACCGUCUUGUCCAGCGCUUGAACCAAGUCGUUUCGACUGCUUCUGCUACAUGCCGCGAUCGUGGGAAGAAGUUGACCUACUUAUCUGAUGAUAAUGCGUAUUCAUCUAGCGCGGGCAGCGGCAGUGACACCAGUGUUACGCAGGAGUUGAGUGCUCGGGCGGAGCAAUUGACGAUCUCCGAGAAGAGGAAGCGGGGCCCUGAACCGGUCUUUCAAAACCCAAGUCCGCCGAUGGAGCAACCAGCGAAGCGCAUGCCUAAGCAUGGGAUACUGAAGCCAGUAAAGUUGUCCGGGCGAUUGACCCGAUCGAAAUCAAGAAAAGGAGGGGGCGACCUUACUCCCACAUCGAACAAGAAGAAGGUGGCUACGCCACUAUCGAAGGCUCGUACUCGGACUCGCAAGCCGGUACCGGGUUUGACGCUGCAGUCAAAAGCUACGCUCGAACGCCUGCGUCACGGUUAUCGUGAAGACGUGUUGCGUGAGCUCAAGGACCUUGAUGCGACUGAGCUGCAACACAUUUGCCGGGAGGAGGGAAUCCAUUAUGAUAAGAAGAUCGACCCGAUCUUCGACAUCGCAGAUCACAGAACCGAGCGGGCAUUUUUUAUUGCUCCGGUUAAUGUUGAACGGAUUGCAGUCUCCGAUGAUACUGCCGCGGAGCCAGUUGUGACCCCCACGAAGGAGGUGUGAAGUGCCCUUUCCAUACCACAGU